CGACUUUUCAGGGGUGGCGUCUCGCUCGCGAUGACUUCUGCCGUCGUCACCAGGUGUCUCCGCGCGCUCUCGCAGCACGCACGUCAGCUGUCCAAUCACGUGACAGCCACGCGCGUUCUCGCCCCCCCGCACCUCCCGCUUGGGUGCGGUGGCGCCACCUGCAGGAGCAACCGUGUCGGACUCGCGCUGCGACGAUACCACGACACUCCGUCACUGACGGCCGACGCCGUCGCCGCGGAAACGAUCAAGAUAGACGGCGAGAGCUUCCCGCGAGACCGACUCACGAACGUGACGCCACGCAUCGCUUCGCACGUCGCUCGCGACCUCCCCGACAGGCGGCGCCACCCGCUCUGGCACGUGAAGAACCGCAUACGGGACUACUUCCACGCCACUUACAGGAAGUCGGGGCGAACGCCGCUGUUUUCGCUCUGUGAGAAUCUCUCUCCCAUUGUCACGAUCGAGCAGAAUUUCGAUAGCUUGCUGACCCCCACGGACCACGUGAGUCGUUCCCCCGCCGACAGUUACUACGUGAACGAGGGACGGAUGCUGCGCGCGCACACGUCUGCACACCAGCGCGACCUGGUGAGGAUGGGACUCGACGCCUUCCUCGUCGUCGGCGACUGCUACCGCCGAGAUGAGAUAGACGCCAGCCAUUAUCCGGUCUUCCACCAGUGCGAGGGAGUGCGACUGUUCACGGAACAUCAGCUGUUUGGCAGGGUGGAGGGCGGGUCGGAGCUACACAUCCACACGGGCGAUGCGAAUGGGUUGCCACGGCGACCUGAGAGACAGCAGUCGCACACGCUAGAGGCGGUGAAGCUCGCGGAACACGACCUGAAGGUGGCGCUGGAGGGCCUCGCUCGCAAUCUCUUCGGCGACGACAUCCAGCUUCGGUGGGUAGACACGUACUUCCCCUUCACACAUCCGUCCUGGGAGCUGGAGAUAUACUGGAAGGACGACUGGAUGGAGUGCCUAGGCUGUGGCAUUAUGGAACACAAGAUACUGGAGUCGGCCGGCGCAGGGAACAAGAUCGGCUGGGCGUUCGGUCUCGGCUUGGACCGGCUUGCGAUGCUGCUCUACGACAUACCGGACAUCCGUCUACUGUGGAGCGAGGACUCCGGCUUCCUCUCUCAGUUUGACUUCGACGACUCCUCCGCUCCUGUGAAAUACCAGCCAAUAAGCAUCUACCCACAGUGCACGUCAGACAUGUCGUUCUGGACUCGGACGGCUAUUCAGCUAAUGACUCUACGACUGGUGAGAGCGUUGGAGGAGACAUAGUCGA